UGCAGCACUAUGGAGGAAGAAAAGCUGUGCUGGUGGAUUUAAAGCAUAUUCUCAAGGUGCUGCUGGGACAACAACUCAUCUUCUGGUGAAAAAGGAAGUCAGAGAAGGAAGAGGAAUUGGCAAUUCUUCAGGACCCAUUAACCUGCGAAGAUGUAACUGUGACCUUCACCCAAGAAGAAUGGGCAUUACUACAGCCUUCAGAGAAAAAACUCUACAGAGAUGUGAUGUGGGAAACCUUCAGGAACCUUGUCUCAAUAGGAAAACUGCGGGGAGACCAUACCUCUAAAGAGCAGUAUACCCACCAAGAGAGUAAGCAAAGAAAUAUAAUAGAGAAAGUAUCUGAGGGGAAAGAAGAAAGGCAAUAUGGAGAGAAAAAUCUUGAAAAUGAAGUACAUCUCACAAUGCUUAAUUAUACCAAUUAUAUAUAUGAAAGAACGCAUAGCAGAGAGAAAUCCGAUAAAUGUAAACCUUAUAGUAAAGAAUUCAUUCAAUCCAGUACUAUUUGUAGACAUGAAAGAAUCCAGAGUGGAGAAAAGAAACCCUAUGGAUGUAAGCAAUGUGGAAAAACAUUCAGUAGAUCUUCUACUCUCCGAGACCAUGAAAGAAUUCACAGUGGAGAGAAACCCUAUGAGUGUAAACAAUGUAGUAAAACCUUCACUACAUUCAGUCAACUUCAGAGACAUGAAAGAACCCACAGGGGAGAGAAACCUUAUGGAUGUAAACAAUGUAGUAAAACGUUCAGCACAUCCAGUUAUCUUCGAACACAUGAAAGAACUCAUAGUGGAGAGAGACCCUAUGAAUGUAAACAAUGUAGUAAAACAUUCAUUUGUUCUAGUUAUCUUAGAGAACAUGAAAGGACUCACACUGGAGAGAAACCAUAUGAAUGUAAACAAUGUAGUAAAACAUUUAAUACAUCCAGUAAUCUUCGGACACAUGAAAGAAUUCACAGUGGAGAGAAACCCUAUGAAUGUAAGCAAUGUAGAAGAACAUUCAGUCAAUCCAUAUCUCUUCGGGAACAUGAAAGAAUUCACAGCGGAGAGAAACCUUAUGAAUGUAAACAAUGUAAAAGAACAUUCAGUCAAUCCAGUCAUCUUCAGAGACAUGAACGCACUCACAGUGGAGAGAAACCUUAUGAAUGUAAGCAAUGUAAUAAAAGAUUCAUUUAUUCCAGUUCUCUGCGGGAACAUGGAAAAACUCACAGUGGAGAAAAACCUUUUGAAUGUAAUCAGUGUAGUAAAGUAUUUAGUUUUUCAAGUCAUCUUCGGAGACAUGAAAGAACUCACAGUGGAGAGAAACCCUAUGAAUGUAAACAGUGUAAUAAAAGAUUUAUUUGUUCUAGUUAUCUUCGGCAACAUGAACGCACUCACAGUGGAGAGAAACCCUAUGAAUGCAAGAAAUGUAGAAAAACAUUCAGUCAAUCCAGUAAUCUUUGGACUCAUGAACGAACUCACAGUGGAGAGAAACCCUAUGAAUGCAAACAAUGUAGAAAAACAUUCAGUCAAUGCAGUCAUCUUCAGAGACAUGAAAGAACUCACAGUGGAGAGAGACCCUAUGCAUGUACACUAUGUAGGAAGACGUUUAGUAGAUCUUGUCAUCUUCGGACACAUGAACGAACUCACAGUGAAACAGACCAGGUGGUGGCACACCUUGGAAAGUGUACAUGUUACAGUGAACAAGGACCUACUUUAGAGACCCCAGUCUCCACUGUUAAAGAAACUUCACAAGCUAUAGAGCAGUGUUGUGACUGUUUUUCUCUCUCCUCUCUAUCUUCCCCUUCCCUCUCAGUUUCUCUCUGUCUCUGUUCAAAAUAGGGAAUGAAUAAAUAAUAAAUAAAAUAUAUUUUAAAAGACCUCAAAGUGGAGAGACAUCCUAUGAAUAUAAAGUGUAGUCAAAUAUUCGGCCAAUCUAGUCAUCUUCAGAGAUAUGACUGAACUCACAAUCGAGAGAAACUAAAUGUCAACAGUGUAGAAAAGCAUUCAGUUUGUACUAGUUCUUCUCAGGAACAUGAAAGAAGCCGUAGGGAUUUAAACUAUGUAGUAAAACUUCCAGUCAUUCCACUACUCUUUGGAAACCUGAACAAGUUUACAUGGAAAAAAAACCAGUAUGAAUGCAAACUAUGUACUAAAAUGUUCACAACAUCCAGUCAUCUACAAAUACUUGAACGAACUUGCAGUGGAGUAAAACCUUGUUGAUGUAAAAUGUAUCAUACAACAUUUAGGUGUUCCAGUCAUCAUUGAAGACAUAAGACCUCACAUUUGGAAAAAAAAAUCUACAAAUGUAAAAGAUAUAAAAAAUGUUCAGCUACUACUGUUACCUACAUUCAAAUGAAAUAUCUCAAUGGAAAGCAACUUUAUGUUGUUAACAGAAUAUUAAAUCAUUCAUUUGUUUCAUUUAUAUUAAUGCACAUGAAAGAGCUUACAGUGUAAAUUAAGGUUAUGGGCAUAAAUCAUGCUCUAAAGACUAGAAAGAUGUAGCCUGAGAGGUGGUGCAGUAGCUAGUGACUUAGGCUUAAAAGUAAAUCCUAGGUUUGAUUCUAUGCACUGCAUAUACCAGAGUGAUGCUCAGGAUUUAUUUUGUUUUGUGUUUGUUUUCCUCCUCUCAUGCUUAUACAAGAAAGAUCUUUGAAAAUGAUUGCUGAGAUCAGAGUUCAUAACAUACAAGUAAAACCAUACCUGUGUCAUAUGAGUGUAAGAAAUGAUGAGAAAUCCUUUUAGCUCUUUAUUGUGACAUCAAAUAUAAGGAAAAUCUGGGCACUGAGACCUUGUUAAUGUGAAUAACAAUUGAGUAUAUUCAAAUAAGAUAACAGUUUAUAAACAUGAAAGAACUGGCAUUAGAUGCAAGACUUUAUUAAUGUAAACAUAUUGGAAGUACAUACGACAGCAGAUCUUUACAGAUGUACGAAAUAACUCAUGGGGGGACAAGUGGUGAAACACUCAGUUAAGUGCUCAUAUCACCAUGCAGAAGGACCCAAGUCUCAGCCCCCACUCUCCACCUGCAGGGGAGACACCUCACAAGCAGUGAGAUAAAUCUGCAGGUGUCUAUCUUUCUCCUCUAUCCCCCUCUCCUCAAUUUAUCUCUGUUCUGUCAAAUAAAAUAGGAAGUAAAAAAAAAAAAAAAAAAAAAAAAGGCCAUUGGGAGUGGAGAAUUUGUAAUGCUGCCACCAAGCCCUAGCAAUAACCCUGCUGGCAAUUAAAAACAAAAGCAAACAAACAAGCAAAAAACCUCAUGCUAGAGAGAAACCCAGUGAAUGUAAACAUUUUCUAGUCUCCAUUCCAUUUUUAUGUUAAUAUCCAAUGUUCUACAAGCUUUUCAGUCAUUUCUAAUUAGGAAAUAUAUUGUUCUUUCUACUUACAUAUAUGUGUCUGUUUAUACUAUAUGUACACACACAUUGAGAUAAUAUUAUAGGGUGUGUUUGUGUGUUGUAAAUGUUUCUAAUGGCCUUAGUCUGUCAUACUCUAGAAAGGAAACAGUUGAGUAUUUGAUACCUAUUUCUUCAGUCAUAAAUACCUGAGGCCUUCAGUUUGAAAAGUUACUGUUUAUAGUAAUGUGUGUGACAAUAUGUACACCUUCCUUUUUUUUUUUUAAUCAAAAUUACAUUUAUCUUCGGAAAAGUGUGGCCUUUUUUUUUUUUUUAACUUUACUUUUAAAUCUUAAGUCACAG